AAGUCGGAACAACCCUGCUGCUGGUUGUAAAAGAUGUUUUUAUGACUUCGAGAGGCACUUCUGAUCUUAUAAGCAACUGUAAAGCGAGUCGCGAAGUUGUGCUCUAUGAAGUUGAACUUCACAGAAAUGCAGUACUCUGUACUGUGCUCUUUGAUACUGCUUGUGGGGCAGGUCGAUGGAAUGUGUUGCAGGAUGUACUCUCCAGGUUUAGGUUUUAUGAAAAUACCGAAUUCUAAACCUUAAUGUUGAUGUUUUCCACGAUAACAAGCACGCAAGCUUACGGACAACAUUUUGAGACAUAAAACUUUGCGAAGCCUGUUCGUAAUAGCUUCAUUCGGUUGAAACACGAGGUGUUCCUACUUAAACGCCCAGAACAACAGUGAAGAACGAGAAAAGCAAUAGGCGACGUGACUUCAACGACUUCGAAAGAAAGACACCAUGCCAUGCUUUUUCGUGCGUGUGUGCGUAGUUCAGCGAUAUCUUGUAUCUAACGAUGAAAACAUUGUCUUCAAGAAGUAGAUCGAGUUACAGAGGACUGCGUCACCCUUCGGAUCACAUGGUAAUUGCUGCUAUUUCAAGGAUCAAGUCUUGAGCUGAGAGACACAGAUUUUUUUUUCCUUUUUUGCCAUCACUUUGCGUUAGAGUGUUAUAGAUGCUGUCACGGUGGUUUGGAGUAUUGCUACAGCUCUGACCAGACACUGCCUCAUCGCCGGUGUGUGCUUACACAAAGUGACUGAAGGGCUCGGGAGAGGAAGGGCAGCUCUAAUUGGUUUCUCAAUGAAAGAUAAUCACCAGUUCCCUGGAGGAUCUGCGGAUUUGCGCUCAGCAGAUACAUCGGCGGCUUUUUUAGACAUCCUUUCUUUCUUUUUUACAGCUAAUUCAGCAAUAAGUAGGUGGAUCGAAUAAUUCUCACAUCACCCAUUAGUGUCAGGUCUCUCCCUCAGAAGCAAAAGGGCUUUACCACUGGAUCCACUGGAUUGUGCUAGCGUUUGUUCUCCAAAGGAAAAAAAAGUUUGUACGCGUGUGAAAAUGAGUGAUCUGGAAGAAGACUUUGCUAAAAUUCUCGUGCUAAAAGAGGAGAGGAUAAAGGAUCUGGAGAGGCGUUUGGCGGAAAAAGAGGAAGAAAUCCACGAAUUGAAGAGGAAACUGCACAAAUGUCAGUCGGUGCUGCCCAGCGCACAGAUCAUCGGACCUAGGACCAGGCGAGCCCAAGGCAUAUCAGCAGAGCCACAGACUUACAGAUCCUUCCAAGACCUCACUAGACAAGCCUUUAGGAAAUACGCUAAGUCGGACAGGUCAAAGGAAUUAAUCAAGGAAGCAAUUCUUGACAAUGACUUUAUGAAAAACCUUGAGUUAUCUCAGAUCCAGGAAAUCGUGGACUGCAUGUACCCAGUUGAAUAUGGAAAAGACAGCUGCAUCAUUAAAGAAGGCGAUGUGGGGUCCCUGGUGUAUGUCAUGGAAGAUGGAAAGGUUGAGGUGACCAAAGAAGGCAUGAAGCUGUGUACAAUGGGACCAGGAAAAGUUUUUGGAGAACUGGCCAUCCUUUACAACUGCACUAGGACAGCAACAGUGAAAACUCUCGCCAAUGUGAAGCUAUGGGCAAUCGAUCGACAAUGUUUUCAGACGAUAAUGAUGAGGACCGGGUUAAUCAAGCAUGCAGAAUACAUGGAAUUUUUAAAAAGUGUUCCAACAUUCCAAGGCCUUCCAGAGGAGAUCUUGAGCAAACUAGCUGAUGUCCUAGAAGAGACACACUACGAGGAUGGGGAGUACAUAAUAAGACAGGGAGCCAGAGGAGACACAUUCUUUAUCAUCAGCAAAGGAAAGGUGAAUGUCACGCGGGAUGAUUCACCCAAUGAACAGCCUGUCUACCUUCGAACACUGGGGAAAGGAGACUGGUUUGGAGAGAAAGCCCUCCAGGGAGAAGAUAUAAGAACAGCCAAUGUCAUUGCUGCUGAAGCUGUGACCUGUUUGGUUAUAGACAGAGACUCAUUUAAACACUUGAUUGGGGGGCUAGAGGAUGUGUCAAACAAAGCUUAUGAAGAUGCUGAAGCCAAGGCAAAAUAUGAAGCAGAGAAUGCCUUCUUCUCCAAUCUUAAGUUGGCCGACUUCAACAUCAUCGAUACUCUGGGAGUUGGCGGAUUUGGCCGCGUGGAGCUGGUCCAACUGAAAAGUGAUGAAGCCAAAACAUUUGCAAUGAAGAUCCUGAAGAAGAGACACAUAGUGGACACCAGGCAGCAGGAGCACAUUCGAUCAGAGAAGCAGAUCAUGCAGGAGGCCCACUCUGAUUUCAUUGUGAGGCUCUAUAGGACUUUCAAGGACAGCAAGUACCUGUACAUGUUAAUGGAGGCUUGCCUUGGAGGAGAGUUAUGGACCAUUCUCAGGGACAGAGGUUCAUUUGAAGAUUCAACAACUCGAUUUUACACAGCAUGUGUUGUUGAAGCUUUCGCUUACCUGCAUUCCAAAGGAAUUAUAUACCGGGACCUGAAACCAGAAAACCUCAUCCUAGAUCACAGAGGUUACGCAAAGCUUGUUGACUUUGGCUUUGCCAAAAAAAUAGGAUUUGGAAAGAAAACGUGGACUUUCUGUGGGACGCCAGAGUAUGUAGCACCAGAGAUUAUCCUGAAUAAAGGCCAUGACAUUUCAGCUGACUACUGGUCUUUAGGGAUCCUAAUGUAUGAACUUCUGACUGGCAGCCCACCUUUCUCAGGCCCUGAUCCUAUGAAAACUUACAACAUCAUACUGAGGGGCAUUGACAUGAUUGAAUUUCCAAAGAAGAUAACCAAAAAUGCUGCUAAUUUAAUCAAAAAACUAUGCAGGGACAAUCCUUCUGAAAGACUAGGAAACUUGAAAAACGGUGUGAAAGAUAUCCAGAAGCACAAGUGGUUUGAAGGCUUUAACUGGGAGGGUUUACGCAAAGGAACCCUGACACCUCCUAUAAUACCCAAUGUCACAUCUCCCACAGACACAAGUAACUUUGACAGUUUCCCUGAAGACAACGAUGACCCACCUCCAGAUGAUAACUCAGGAUGGGACAAUGACUUUUAACCUCAUUUCCUCAACAUGCUUCUGUGUUGCCUAGGACAGCUUCUUCAGGACAAAGCUUCAAGCGCAACCUGUAACAAAGAGGUGAAUUAAUGGAAAAAUGAAGGAAAAAGCAAUGCUCUGGGUCACCAAGAUGCCUUUACUGAUGCUGCUUCAGUUACUCCAGUGGCAUUGGGACUUAAGUUUAGAUAACAGCAGGGCUCCUUUGGUAUUUUACCUUCAUAUUUAUUGUUGUGCAAAUGGUGGUCCUGGAGCAAGGCCUUUUUGUUUAAACUUAGCAGGAAGAUUAGGUUUUCUUUUGCUGCAAAGAACCUGCUCGCCUCUACUGCUAGUUUUAAAGAUAAGAAAAUUGGGUAAGAGAAAAAUUUGAAGCCUUGGUUCAUCCUUAUAUUUUGGAUUUUACAGCUUUUCAUCGGUAACUGGAGUGGAGGUAUAUUCAAUAAUCCUAGCUGGCCGUUGUAUUGAUACAGCAUGGCUCCCUCCUUUUAGAAUGAGUGCAGCCACCUUCAGACUUAGACAGGACCAUGACACUAUUGGAUCACUCACGUCAGAGUAAUAACUGUCAUGUUUACUUCUUUCUAAGUGCUCAUGACAAAGCUGAAUGUUAUUAUUGUUGAAUAAAUUAAUAUAUAAUAUUAAGAUCUGUUUAUCUACAGUGUAUGAAAAUUUACCUUAAAAGCACAAAUGUUGUUUUUGAUUUACUUUCUCUUUUGAUAGUUAUGGUACUUCUACGACUAAUCAGAAGAGUGCAUUGCUAAUUAAAACUUAAAAAAUGUGUAGCCUACAGAUAUUCAGAUAAAACUGUAUGCUAUGUUCUUGUUUUUGUAAAUACAGUUGUCAUCAUAUGCAAUUUUUUACUCUUCGGUAUCUGCUUUCAUAUGAUAUCCCAUAUACAUUCAAUUGAGGACAAGAGCUUUUCACUUUCUAAACCCCCUGAACAGGCUACUGCACAUGGCAGUUUUAGGUAAAACACUUCAAAUACAUACUUCAAAUCCUAAUUUGAAGAAAAGGAACACUAACAGUAUUAUAAUAUUAAAACUAGGGGGAAGACAUAAAGGUGUUUUUAUUUCUUUAAAAUAGUUUUAGAAUUUGUAUCUCAAUUUUCAAAAUUUGAAAGGGGUUUUGUAUGGAAGUUUUUUUCUUCAUGAAUCUGUCUGGACAGAAUUGGUGGGAUUCCCAAAUGUUUUAAGAGUGGGAAAAUACAAAAAUACCCUAUGAAUUGCGUGUAAUUUAGUUAGUGUGUUAAUGAAAUGCAGGUACGGCACAUUUAUGAAAUGAUGUUAUUUCACUUGAUACAGUAUUCAAGGCACCACAAGGUGGCAGACUGUUACAGGAGUAGGAACCAAUGUUCUACAUUUCUGACUGUGGUGCACAAGUGUUACAUCAUAUGAGACUAAUGAUCUCUGAAGGAAAUGAUGACAUUUACAUGAGAACAACACCAACACAUUACAAUCAUCAGAACAUACAUACUAUAAAAUGAAUACUAGUUGCAAUUCAUUAAUAGUGGUAGCAUCUAUGUAUAGUAUUUUUUAUAUUUCAACAUCUAUUCAAAUUGAAACUUAGACGUUGCGUACCAAUAAUUUUUCAGUGUACUCUUUUUCUGUAGAUAUGUUCUUCAUAUUGCCACAAACCUGAAUUUCAAUGAAUUAUGUGCAAUGAAAGCUAAAUGAAUUCCAUAUUCUAGGUGCAAAAGCUCUGUACGUGACUUACACUGUGCUGGAUUAAUAAGUUGAGAAAUGUUAUUUAAUCGUAGGACCACAGAUAAAUAUUUGUGUAUAUAGAUAUUUUAGCAUCAACAGUUUGUGAUACAUGUUAAUUUUUUUAUUUUUUAGAGUAUGAUGGCAUUAUUACUUAAUUUGAAUAUCUGAGACUGUGUGCAUUGUUUGUCUUUGGUUUAAUCAGACUUGAAUGAUCUCAAUGUGUAACAUCAUCAAUUUGAAGACUGUAUUCUCUCCAACACUAGACUAGAAUCACUCAUUAACUGGCUGUUUGGCAUUGUUGCAAGUGCCUUAAAUUAAUGGCAUCCAAAAAUAACUAUCAGAUUUGGUGUAAUGCUGCAUGACAAAGACGAACACCUCAAACUGUUGUCUUUUCUUAGCUUGCUGCUUUUUUACGGUUCUUUCAGCUCUUUAUAAGCCUUUCUUACAAUAAAAUGUAUCUUUCAAACGAUGAAAUGAUCUCCUUAUUUCUGUGGCUAAAUUGUAAAUCUGUUAAUUAGAUGCUGCAUCAUUUCUGUGAAAUGUAUACUGUUUGUGCAGGUUAACUUAAACGAGUAACUAUAUACACUAUUGGGUCAGAUAUAUUCCUAGUCUGCUGUGUGGUUAUGACAGCUCCCUCCCCAUGGAAUAAAUACUUGCAUUGUAAUGAUUUUUAUGCAACUGUCAGCCACUGAAUAGCUGACAUAACCAUCAAGCUCAUCUCGGCUUCAAGACCGGUCUCUCAGAAAGGUCAUUUCUACAUUUUGACCAUUUGCAUAAAAAUGUCAUAGUGAACCACAUUAUGAAGCAAUCUGUGCAUAGCUUUGUUGCAAUCAGAACUGAACAUAUUACUUAUCAAAUCCACAAACCAAUGCUAUUAUGUUACAUACAAAGUGGGUAGGAAUGUGAAUUUCUUGUUUUUCUUAGUCAUUUACCUUUGUGAGCCAUGUAAGUGCUUUUCUUCAAAGCCUGUAAUAAUAACAAAUGUGAUUUGUAACCUUAGGUAGCAGCCGCCUCUGUCAGGCAGCCUGACGAGGAUUUUAUUGCACAGCUAGAGAGAAGGCACAAUCAGUGCUCUGUUAUUGAAGAAUUCUAAAGGGAUUAUAAUAAGUAGCUAUUUGAAAUAGUAUUCUGUGUGCAAUUAUUGAAGCCUGUCACAAUAAGUUAAAAAAAUUAAUACCUAAAAUCUAAGAACAGUUCUAUCAAUGAAAGAUGGCAAUGGAUAUUUAGGCCAAGGCAGAAAAAUCAAAUACAUGCAAUCCCCAACUAUUUUUCUUGAGGGGCUAUUGUCAAAAGAAGGCAUGAAUUGUAGAGCAGCUCAGUCUCGGCACUGCACAGCAUAAUAGGAAUAUUGCUUUAAGUAGCUUUCUUGUAUAUGCAACUCAUUUGUGAUAUGUAUAAGAAUAACAGUGAUAACAGUUUUAUUCUUUUCCAUUGUCCAUUGCAAUAAUGUAGUCAUGUUGCUGGAACCAUGAAAAAGAAAAACGUUUCAAUAUAUGAUUUUGAUUAGAGAAGUUAUUUGUCCAGUGUACAAUAGCUACUUGCUAUAUGUUAGUGUGUUAACCUGUUUCAGGCUAUUUUGCUCGCUGUAAUAGUUAAAUGGGGAACUUUGUUUUUUUUAUCCACAACAAAACUCAUGAAGUAAUUAUCAGUUGCAUUCAGUGUUGCCUAAAACAUUUCUUUAUUGAGCUGCUUUCAUCUUUUUCUGUAUUCUCACUGCAACUUUAAUUGCAGAGUGCCUGUUGUAUAACUUUAUGAAGCUAAAAUAAAGACAAGUUACUUUUGGACA